CACAAACGGUAAGUUACUUUACGGAACAUAACAACAUACACUUGAUAUAAAAGUGAUUGUUAUUUCUGACUAUAUAAAACAGAUCCCUGCUGUGAUCUGCUGAAGGAAUACUGAGAAUAUGGCAAUGAUGGUGUUUUUGGCGGCUCUUCUACCGGCUGUUUUGGGAAGUGACUGUAAAUUCAUGCCAGUCGACUGUUCUGAGAUUUAUAACUCAGGACAAAAAAUCAGUGGGAUUUAUCCAAUCUAUCCGGUAGAUGAUGUUCCUGUCUGGGUUUACUGCCAGAUGAUCUCAGAUGGAAACGCUGCAGACAGAGGAGGAUGGACGGUGAUUCAGAGGAGAAUGGAUGGCAGCGUGAAUUUCUUUCGGCCGUGGAAUCAGUACAAGAGAGGAUUUGGGAAUAUAGAGAGUGAAUACUGGCUGGGGCUGGAGAACAUGUAUCAGCUGACACGAGACAGGAAGUACAUGCUGAGAGUGGAUCUGGAGGACUUUGAAGGAAAUAAAGCUUUCGCUCAGUACUCGUCCUUCUCUGUUGGUCCUGAAGCUGAUGGGUAUCGACUGAGUGUUUCAGGGUUCACUGAUGGAGGAGCACAAGACGCUAUGUCCUUCCACGACGGACAGAAGUUCUCCACCUUUGACAAGGACCAAGAUUCUGACAACGUUAACUGUGCCAGACAGUAUUUGGGAGCGUUUUGGUACAAAAACUGUUACGGUACGAACCCCAACGGUGUGUAUUUAUGGGGAAAAGAUUUUUAUCCCACUGCAAAAGUUUUGCCCAUUGGAAAUGUUUGGCCAAGCUGGAAGGGGUACGAUGUCGGUCUGAAAUCCAUCAGCAUGAAGAUCACACGUGUGUCUUAGAAACAACGUCUGAUACUGUUUCCGCUGUUCGAUCAACUUCAGGUUGAAGUUUUACUUUUCUCAGUGUAAGCACAUCAGAUGAUACUGUCUAUAUUUCUCUAUUGUUGUUCUGCUAUGUUCACAUCAGAUAGGGUGAUCUUCUUAAAGCCUGUAUGUGUUGAAUCACCUAAUAAUAAAAUGUGGCAUCUUUUUUAAUCAUA